GUUUCCGGUAAAUGUACCGAGUGUUGACAACUAUUUCUACUGGAGUUAGUACACUACUAGACUAGAUCUAGAUCUAGAUCUAGCUAGACCUUGCUAAACUGACGCAUUAAGAUCUGUCUCGUAUAAUAUAAGAUUUCUAGACCUAGAUCUAGAAUCUAGAUCUAGAUCUUGGCAUAGUUUCUAGAUCUAAUAAGUCAGUCAGUAGUCAGCAGUGAGUAUGGAUGAAAAAGUUUGCACCGGCAAUCUCGAAAAAGAGAAAACAACACAGCAUCUUGCUGCUUUAAGCAUAGGUGUCAUAUGUAUUCUUAUUGGGCUACCAUUAUGGUGGAAAACAACAGAAGUCUACAGAGUUAGUCUCCCUUACACAGACAUUCAACACUUGUCUGACAACAAGCUUGAGUUCAUGGUUGAAGUGGAUGUUAUCUGGGCAGCAGCCACAAACAAAAAAGACAGCUUAUUCCUCUCAGAUUUAGCACUGCAAUUGUCUAGGUCACUAGACAGCAAACAGUUUGAUGGGAAAACCUUGUCCUCCAUAUUUAGAGUAGCAGUUCGAGAAGCUGAUGACCCAGAGCUGCUGGCCCUCCAGAAAGUUUCUAAGUUGUCAGAUCUGCAGCCAAUACUCUCUUCUGAUAACUUGAACAAGUACAAUAUUAUAGUAACAAAACCUUCAAGCAUCAUUACUCAGCCAGUUCUUGCACCUGGGAACAAUGUCUUUCUACCUUACAAUGGGGCAGCUGUUGAGGGUCUUUCUGCUCAAAUUGUGCACUUGUUGAUGGAUGUUAUAAGGAUGGCAACUCUGACAAAAAGUGUGGAAGCUGCACAAGGACUUCGAGCCCAAAGACCAGACAAGGAUAUUAUGAGGUCCUUUAGAUUUCAUUCAGGUUAUGACAUAACCUUCACCCUUAUGAUUCCUGAGCCAGACCAUAUCAAUGUCCAAUGGGAUAUUGCUAAUGGAGUUGAAGAUUAUUUCCGUCCUUUGCUUGAUUCCCUGGAAAGUUACACCAAUAUAUCAGUCACUUCUCAGGUUCUCUAUUUCAUCAGCUUAGGUGGUCAGCCGAAGAAGGGGGACAACUACUUUUACUUUUCUGAGCAGGAUUUACCUCAUGUUAUCAACCCCUUAGAGACUAAAUUAGGUUUUCAUGCUUCCAACAACCCAGGAUUAAAUUUCAUAGUGUACAUUCCUACCAAAAAUAGAAGUCCUUUGUACAUUCAUGAUAAAAAUGGUGCUGCUGUACCAAGUAAUUCUUUCCUCAGUCCACGAUGGGGUGGCGUCAUGAUCUACAAUCCACAGAUGGAGUCUUCUUCCAAUGGAUCAGACGUUCAUCCCCUCCCCGUGGACAUGCACCAGAUCAUGGAGGUCUUUGUCACACAGUCUAGGCUGCUGUUGAACAUCAACCCACACAUGGCAACAAAAGAGUUGAAGGUGCUGAGCACAGGUGACUCUAAACUUGUGCAGUGGGAGCUGGCUGGAUGGCUCCGGAGCCGCUGUGCUGAGAACAUUCUGACGGCCACUUUAAGCCUGCAGUCCCUGGCUCAGCUGCUGGAGGAGAUAGGGAACAUUGUCAUUAAUGAUGACAUUGGGAAGGAGGUUGAGUCAGCUGUGGCUUCCAUUAAAGAAAGUAAACUUCUCCUGAAGAGCGGCAAGCUGAAGGAGGCUUUCCUUGCCUCUAAGGCAGCAGUUGAGUCCUCAGAGCUGGCUUUCUUCCACCCCUCUCUACUAGAGCUCUUGUAUUUCCCUGAGGAUCAAAAGUUUGCCAUCUACAUCCCCCUGUUUCUGCCCAUUAGUAUACCAGUGCUGACCACAAUGCUGCAAGCCAUCAAAUGGUUCAGAGAACUCAAGAAAUCUAAACAGGACUAAUUUAGUGAUUGAAUUGUUAGAUAAAUUAUUCUUCAAUUAUUUUAAAGCUGGUUUUUGACUAAUUUUGUUUUAACUAAUAACCAUUCCCACCUGCAAAAAUGAUGUUAGAAAAAUGUCUUUGUAUCAAAGUGAAGGAAUGAACCUCUUUUUCUUGACUGACCUCGUUUUGACAUACCAUUCUCUGGGUGCUUAACAAGGCACAUUGCAACUAAAUAUUGCAACUUGAGAUGCAUUUUGCUUUUCUGUUUUGUUGAUGUUCUCACCUGUUCUAAGAUUUUUUUUACCUGUUUUGCUGAUGUAAAACUAUUUUAUGAAUCAAAAUAAGAAAUAUUUUGUAACAUUUGUUUUUAAACUGGUGUAGAUAAUUAAAUUUAAGAACUAAAAGUUGAGCACCACAUGUAAGAAUUAUAACCUGCUUCUCCUCAUUAUGACCAUCUUUGAAUGGGUGUUGUUGCAGAUUGUUUGAAGUUACUUGGUGACCAUCUUUAAAUGGGUGUUGUUGCAGAUUGUUUGAAGUUACUUGGUGACCAUCUUUAAAUGGGUGUUGUUGCAGAUUGUUUGAAGUUACUUGGUGACCAUCUUUGAAUGGGUGUUGUUUGCAGACUGUUCAAUAUUUGAAGUUACUUGGUGUAACAUUUGAUGAACAAACCUAGUUGGUUGGCGUGUUAUGUGAGUUGGUUUUGUCUUGUAGUGAGUGAGUUAUAAGCUGGUGAAUUGUAUUGAGUGAAGUGCUGUGUGAGAUGAUUGUAUGAUGGGAUAGGGUCUUGUGAGUUGAGUAUGUGUGUUAGUUACCUUGUGGUGACUGAAUUGUUUGUUAUCUAUCAAAGUUUAAAUUUUUUAUGGUUAUGUUAAAUGUUAGUUAAUAAAAUAUAAUG